UCCUGCGCGCGUACGCUGCCGUUACAUCACCGCGUGUGUUCGCGGAGACUGUAGAGUGGCUACUUGCCGUGUGUUGCCUGCAAUACAUGUUUGUCCCGUUGGUAAAUUGGCUGCAAAUUGUUAUUGCAGAUCUGCCCCGUUCAACUGGCAUUCCGCGGCCAGAGUGGGAGAUUACAGCACGGCUGUGUCAACUAAUUUGAUAUCGCUCGGGAUAAGGCAUUCCUUCAGGGGCAGUUGUGCCUCUGCCGUUGAUCGCGGGUGUUUUUUCCUGUAUUCGUGCACAACGGCAUAUAUACGGUAUUGUCAAGUAGUGCUUGUGCUCUUGUGAUCAGCAUCCCAUGGCCGCUGUAAUUGUCGCACCACUGCUGUGCUGUGCGCUCAUUCUGCUUAUGACACUGUUUUCCGGAUGCGAUGCAAUCAGUUGCGUCAUCUGCAAUUCAAUAUGGGAUCCCCUGUGUACGACGGAUCCCGGCCAUCCCAACGUGACCAAGCAGGACUGUGCGGCGUGGUGCGGAGAGUAUGGUCUUUAUGGGACGACGAAGGAGAUCAGCGAGGGUGCGACCGGCAAGCAUCAGAAGUAUCCGCCGGUUGAGUGUCCAACUACGUUCACGUCGUGCCACAUCGUUUAUCAAGAAACCACGUCAACCGAGUACACAAAGGGCUAUCCCGAGAAACGGGUCUUCCGGAAGUGCGGAUUCCACAGCGCUGCCAAUCAGACUGCUCCGGUGUACGGUUACUUCAGUGGACCAAAAUACAAGAAAGAAGUCGUCACGUGCUUUACGGAUUUCUGCAAUACGGCUACAGUGUCUUCUUCUUCUUAUCUUUCCGUGCUGACAUUUCUUUUGUUCCUUUAUUUUGCCGACAGAUAGAUAGAAACCAAACAGCUACACUUGUAAUUCUUUCGUAAUUAAUUUAGAGAAAGCGGAUUUUCAUGCACGGAUUGAACAUAUGCGUGUAAAAGGUUAAUUUAAUUUAAGUUUCGUGGACUAAUCGGUGUAAACUUGUAAAUCAGCCGGUGAAACUACUAAUUGGCAAAGCUGGUUAUCGCGGUCGGAUCUGGUGUUUGGUGUGCUUUCAGUUAUUUUAACAGUUUAACUGAUGAGUUUAAAAUGUCCUGGGUGCGAUAAUACCCGGUUUGAAUAAAACUCCCGGCAAAAAUGAACACUG